CCGCAGCCGAAGAUACCGACCAAGGCGGCGUCCUGGCGACGGGCACUUUGGGAACUGCGGCUGCCGGCGCAACAGCAGCUGCAGUACCUGGACAAGACCAUGCAGCCCAAGGAAGGGACGCUGCAAACGUUCUCCCUCUCCUCCAAAAGAGACUCUCCAGUGCCACCGGGCCUCUCCACUUAGGAUCGGCUGCCACGAAACAGCUAGUACCGCCAGGUCGGACUCCAAGCACUGGGAAUACUACCUUCCCGUUUCACGACCGUAGAAGCCGAUCCCUAAUGGCACCGACUAGCACGGUCACCCGCAGAAACCAUGCACCACCGAAGACUGAACACUUCGUCGGCAUACUCUCUUGCGUCCUACUGGCGUUGGUGCUGGUCGUCGGGAUCGUCAGGAUCGCAUUGUCCCCUUCGGCCGCAGCCACGAAGCUCUGCGUGACUGACGCCUGCCAAGCGUAUUCCUUCCAACUCAUCUCGUCCAUCAACCGAUCAGUGGACCCGUGCGUCCACUUCACUCGCUUCGUCUGCGACGGCUGGCAGGGGCACCAUAACAUGGACGUCUGGGAAAUACGCUUUCUGCGCUUCAUCAACCGCCUGGAUGCCAGGCUGAAAAGCAUCGACGUCCCUGCAGCAGGACAGAACGAAGAACAGCGGGCGGCCGCCGUGUACCGCAGCUGCGACAAAGUGUACCGAGGCAAAAGCAACGAGUUGGCCGCAGUCAAAGCCGCACUGGCUCGUGCGGGAAUCGUCUGGCCGCAGCCGUCCCGAGGGGCGGACGCUCUGUUCGCGUUGCUCUACAGUUCCCUAAAGCUGGGCUGGGACGCCGUCGCGAACUUCCGCGUCGCCCCACGUACCGGCGAGGCGGUGGACGAACUGGUCGUCAGUCAAGGUACAUCUUUUGGCCUGCUGCGCGAGUCGUUCGUGCUAGAAAGGGCGACGGCAGUACGGCGGGCCUACUACGAAUAUAUUAGGAGCCAGUUUACCAGCGUCAACGGCACGACAGUCGGCGCCGAGGUGUCAUACGAGUUCGUGUGGGAGAUCGCAGCACCGGCGACGGACGCCCUCGUGCCUUUCUUUGACUUGUCCGAAGUGACGCCUCAACCUGCCGACUGGUUGGCGAACUCAUCUGAUGCGAAUCUCACGGAAGCACGCUGGAUAGAAACCCUGCGCCAAGUCGACAUCAGCCUGCCUGGCGGCUUGAGAAUAUCGGCCGAUAAUCGCGCUUUCCUCGAAACGCUAAUCAGCGUGUGGGAGUACUACGGCGAAGACAAUUUCCACCUGUUCGUCUCGUGGUGCACGGUACAGGUAGCUGCCCUUUAUGCGAACAGGGGCCUCAUCCUCAACUACUACGGCGAGAUUCCCGACAGGGCGAAACUCUACCACAGAGCUUUCUGCGUCAGUAGAGCCGUCUUCUUUUCGCAAGCACUCGUCGCGAGAUACAAUAGCGACGUCCUCAAUAGUAACGCAGCCGUCGUCGCCAAAGGAAUAGCGCUGUCCGUGCGUCUGGCCUUUUCGCAUCGUCUCUCCAACUGGCCUUACUACAACGAAAACGUAACGGUGGUCGCGAACUGGAGCUCGUUGGAGUCUGCCUUCCGCCACAUUGAAUAUGACAAUGAAGGAAGAACUGACGGUGGAGCAAGGGACGACAUACCGGACAUGACCGACUCUUUUGUGGCGAAUUGGCAGCAUUCGGUGCGCUUGAAUACGACACAGCAAACGGUGGAACUGGCGUACGUGAUCUGGCACCUGUGGUCGUACUUCUGGCUUUGGGGAGAUAAUGAUUUUCAAAUGAUGCCGUACAUACUGGCCUUCCCGUUUUUCGACCCGAAUCUACCCACUGUUGUUAACUUCGGAGGCUUCGGAAGCGAAGUGACGACCGCCCUGGGAUCCAUCUCUAUCCGAUACUACCAGGCAUACAGCAAAGCGACUGAUGACCCCUUCAGCUGCUUGAAGCGGGGGCGAUUGGGUAGGGAAGAAUACUCCGACGCGUCCAUGAACAGCGUGUUCGGCUUCAGGGCCCUUGUGGACGCUUACAGACGAGCUCCUCCCACUACUUUAGCCCUCAAGCAACUCGAGCAGUACAGUGACAUGCAACUUCUCUUCAUAUCGUCGUGUUUCAUUACGUGUCCGGGACGUGGCAGAGGACAACGAAAUCAAUGUGAUUCACUCGCACAGUACGUUCCCGAGUUUGCAGUGGCAUUUAAGUGCAGCCGGGGGACCAUCGUAAACUCUUCUGAACACUGUCAAUUGCUCUAGAGACCUGUUCGCACCAAAAUGUGUUUGAUGUACUUACUUUAUGGCUGUGAUACUCACGUGACGAUAAAUUUUGUGUCGAACACUUUCGGCUUGUCAAUUCUCUUUGUAACAGGGCCUCUAGGUGAUCGCUUGGCACCGGAACCCCGUGCACCUUCUGAAUUUGCAUUCAUUGCGAAGUAGCAGUCUUGCCUAUUCGCACUCCUGGGAAAAUUGUACUUUUGUUCUCUGACUUCUUAUUGUUCUGUGAAGCAAGAGUGAAAAUGGGAGAUUGGGGACCCUUACUUUCUUUUUUCGGUGACAUCAAGUGCAGCUUCCUUCAGAACUACAGAGAACAUGUGCUUUAUGCUUAGCAAUGCCUGCUUUCUGUGUAUUUCUUUUGAGUAGAUUUUUUUACCAUGCGUGAGCAUGCUCUCGUCUUGGUGUUCGGUAAUUUAAUGUGGUGCGUUGACAAAAUUAAAAUUGGGUG